GAGACUGCAGUCUCUGCUAAUGGGAGAGCUCAGACUAUGUAACCACAGCUCCAAGGAACUAUAUCCUAACACUCAUUGAAUGGGCCACCUCACAGGGGGGGAAUACCUCAUCUGACCGGGACCAAGCUCCUAGUCUUGGACAAUGAAGUUCAACUUGUUCAAAAAGCCUCAGGCUGUUGCAGCCGCCGAGCCCACUAGCGUCACCACCGUGACCAUGGCGCCCUCCCCACCUUCUAUGUCCACCUCUGCCCCAGACAUCUCAGGCUCCAACAACACAGAGAUCAGCAAGAACGACAUGUUUGAGGAGAUCAAAAGCAAAUUCUUGAAUGAAAUUGAUAAAAUCCCCCUUCCUCCAUGGGCUUUGAUUGCUAUUGCUGUGGUGGCCGCGUUGCUCGUCCUCACGUGCUGCUUCUGCAUCAUCAAAAAAUGCUGCUGCAAGAAAAAGAAGAACAAGAAAGGAAAGAAGGGCAAGGAUGGCUUCAACAUGAAGGACAUGCAGGGAGGCGAGAAACAACAGGAUGAUGAUGAUGAUGAAGGCGAGACAGGAAUGACAGAAGAGGAGAAAGAGGAGGAGGAGAAAGAACAAGAAAAACUGGGGAAGCUGCAGUACUCUAUAGAUUAUGACUUUGAGAACACCAAGCUCACGAUCAGCAUCAUGCAAGCUGCAGACCUCAUGUCCAUGGACUCGGGUGGAACGUCCGAUCCGUACGUUCGAGUCCUGCUGCUCCCUGACAAGAAAAAGAAGUUUGACACUAAAGUUCACAAAAAAACACUGAACCCUGUCUUCAAUGAGACAUUUGUUUUCAAGGUGCCAUAUGAGGAGCUGGGUGGGAAAACGUUGGUGAUGUCUGUGUAUGACUAUGACCGAUUCUCCAAACAUGACGUCAUUGGAGAAGUGAAGAUACCCAUGAACACCAUUGACCUCGGACGGCCAAUCGAAGAAUGGCGGGACCUGGAAAGCGCUGACCAGGAGGAGCCUGAGAAACUUGGAGACAUCUGCAUCUCUCUGCGUUACGUCCCCACUGCUGGAAAACUCACAGUCUGCAUCCUGGAGGCUAAGAAUCUGAAAAAGAUGGAUGCCUGUGGCUUAUCUGAUCCAUAUGUGAAGAUCCAGCUACUGCAGGGGGGAAAACGUCUGAAGAAAAAGAAGACAACUGUGAAGAAAAACACACUCAACCCAUAUUAUAAUGAAUCAUUCAGCUUUGAAAUCCCACUGGAACAGAUGCAGAAAAUCCUGGUGGUCGUCACAGUGUUUGAUUACGACAAGAUAGGUAAGAAUGACGCCAUCGGGAAGAUCUUUGUGGGCAGCAAGGCCACUGGUUUAGGCUUGAAGCACUGGUCAGACAUGCUGGCGAAUCCUCGCCGCCCCAUCGCCCAGUGGCACGCGCUGCAGCCAGAGGAGGAUAUUGAUGGUCAGCUCGCAGCCUUGAAUGCAAAGAAAUAA